AUGAGACAAGUGCUGCUGCUGCUGGGGUUACUACUCAGUGCCCACUCUGAGCUGAGGGCCCGGGACCCUGAGGUGGAGCAGGAGGACGGAGGACUGGAGGCUGCUGACCCCAGAGGAGGCAGUGGACUAAAGGACAAUGUCCCACACGGAGGAGCACCACAAGGAAAUGUCCCAGCCAGAUCAGGAAACUGGUGCGCUGUUGUGCAGAAGCGUGUGGUGACUGGAAGAGUGAGGAAUGGAACAGAGCAGUACACCAUCAAGUCUCAGAGCCCAUGUCCAAGUGGCGUCCCAGACUGUCAGCUCGUCAUGUACAAGCUGUCCAUGCGACCCCUGUACAGGCAGACUCUGAGAGAGGUCACUGCCCUGCUAUGGCAGUGCUGUCCCGGAUACACCGGACCCAAUUGUGACCACUCAGUCUCAGGUGCCCAGGUCAAUCCAACCUUCAGUGGACACUCUGAGGAUAGUCCCAAUGGUCCUGGAUCAGAGGAGAUGGUGCAUAUGGACCCUCAUCAGGAGCAGAAUGACCACCAGGGACUGUCAUACCAUACCAGCCAACCAAACAGACCAUCACAUGAUGCGCAUGAAUCAUCUAACCACACCUACGAACCUGAGGCCCCUGCCCAACUUCUGGACUCUGUCCGACAGGACUACAUCCAAAAUACUCAACACCGCCUUCUGCCAGACACUAUCCACUCUGAACCCAUGUACAAAACCCCAGCACAGCACAUUAUGGGCUCACAGGACCCAAAUCUGCAUUCACCACUUGUAGGGGACAGAAGGGACCCUGUGGCUCUUCGGUACCAGGACACUCCAACUGUCCUCCCAGUGCCGCACAUGAUGGCGUUGGUCAUGUCCCAGCUGCAGCCCAUCCUAGAAGCCUUCAACCGCUCUUUGAUGCACAUGCAGAGCCAGCUGGGGGCACUUACUCAUGAGGUGGCUGAGCUGAAGGGUCUGUCCCCUCCUGACCUUCAAGCCAGCUCUCUGAGCAGAGAUGGCCUGGAAGAGAAGGACAAACUGGAGCAGGUGUACCAGGAGCUGAGGGAGACACAGGACCAAGUGCAACAGCAACGCAACCUGCUGGAAUCUCACCAUGCAUUACUGCUUAGCAACCUGACCAGAUUGAGGACAGACAUGAAUGUCAAUGUCCAGGCUAUAAACCGCAGUCUGUCUGAGCUUAUGCAAGAUCAUAAACAGCCCUCGUCAGAACUAGUCCUGGACUCAGAGACCUCAGCUCUGUGGAGUGCCGUGGAACGCCUCGACAACCGAGUGGUCAACAACACAGUGCAGGUGCAGACACUGCUGGAGGAUGUGGAGGUGGUGUCGGGAAACGUACAGCAGCUUCAUGAACUCUACAGGGACCAGGACAAACGAAUCAACGCUACGUCACGGCGCAGUCAGGUGCAGUUCAUGGAGACAGGACUGGAGGUGGAGGCGGCCAAGGUGGUGGUGUUACAGAGAGUGGAGGAGCUGGCGGGGAACCUGAGUGUCCAAGGCCUGAGGCUUACGGAUCUUGACGUUGAUGUAGACUACCUGUUCAACAACCUCUACAGAACAGAACAGAACAGCUCCAUCGGUGACUGUGGCUGCUCUGAGCUCAGAACUGCUGUUACACACAUCCAAAAGGCCCUCACUAACGUCACGGAGCAGGCAAAAGAGAACAGACUCACCCUGGAAGCUUUGGAGGAGAGCGAGGGACAGGGGGAAACAUGGGGGGACAGUGACUGGCAACCGGUGGUGGAGGCUCUGCACCAAGGACUUCAACAGCUGAAAUCCUCUUGGGCUUUGGAGGAAAACCGCACCAGAAGAGUGGAGCACAGCGUGGCUGAUUUGAGCUGGUCUCUGCAGCAGUGGCAGGCUCAGGUCACAGAGCUUCAACAUACAGAAGCACAACGCACCCUGGACAACCAGCACCUGCGUGAAUCCUUCAAUUCCCUUCUCCAAGACGCCAUCCGCCACAGUGAUGUGCUAGAACUAUUACUGGGAGAGGAGGUUCUUGAGUUCUUGGACUUGCCCAUUCACGACCAAAAGGCAUACUCUAUUCCGUCCUUAAAGAAGCACCUAAUACAGCAUGAGGAGCAGCUGAGUGUGCACAAUCAUAGUAUUGCACAUCUCACAAAACAAAGUACAGAAGUUGAAGAUGAAGAAGAAGAAGUGCCAGCUGCUGAUCAGCCAUCCUCACACCCACACGCUUUAACCGACUGGCUCACAAGUGACGACAACAUCAGCGGCAGGAGGGGCCCGGCCAGGGAGCAUCAUAGCCUCCUCAGGCCUCAGCUCAUAGAUGGCAGUGACCUGUGGAAGCUGGAGCAGGCAGUGGAGAAGCUAGAGCACAGAGUGGAGAGCAUUGAGCAGAAGCAGAACAGCAGCAAACAGAAGGACCCCCGGCUUCAGGAUGAGGUCAUGUGGCUCAAACGCGGGCUAGAGGAGCAUUUAAAGGUCUUCAAGAACAUCUUCAGCAACACAGACAAACUAACUACUUCCAAACAGCCACUGGAGCUGGAUAAAGUGUUAGAGCUGGUGAAGAGCCGACAGAGGAGGAAAGGUGGGUCAGGGAAUGCACAUUGACCGCCCCCCCGACUGAAGAGUUCUUUUACAGUGUGAGUGUCUGGGACCCUCAACUUAAUAUCUUGUAAUAUUUAAAGAAAGAAGCCAGUGGUCAAUGUGUACAAUGUGUGUGUUUAAAGACAUCCAGAAAUUGGCUUCAGAAAACUAAAGGAAAAGAAAAAAUAAAUGUAUGUGCAGAAUAUUGUAUGUAAAGAUGUCAUAAUUUUAUGGUUAUAGUAGUUACUAUUUAAAAUGCACAAUAUUAUAUGGCUAUUUAUGAUUCAAGAUGUGGUAUAAAUACUGGAAGAGCAGGAAAUAUAGCAUAAGGGUGAAUAUACAUUUAUUCAGUAAUCCUGUACAUUAAGUAAUCUAAUACAUCAAUACUCUUCUUGUGUACCAUUUUUUCAAAUGUAUUAUUAAUUUAAGUAAUAUAUAUGCUUUUCUGCUUAAA